AUGCGGCGAAGGCACCGCAGCUACCACGCCACUCGUGCCGCUGCCAGUGCGCAGGAUGCGGGCCAUGACCCGCACUCGUUAUCUCCAGGUGUAGCCAACACAACCGACGAGGCGUCUAGCGCUUCGCCGGCUUCGGGUGGCUCCAUCUCAACCGCUGGGGGCUCUACGAUUCAUGGGAAUAUCAAUGUGCGACCAGACCUGAACGCCAGUGCACUCAGCGUCGACGCCACGGGCUCCGUGGCCGUCCUGGCAGGUCGCAAGGGACUGCAUCUCGUAGACCUAGAGACACCGUUCCUUCCGCCUGCCACGCUGUAUCACCAGACGAAGCUCGAGGUGACGGUGGUCAAAUGUAACCCACACGCACUGUUUAAGAACCAUGUAGCCUCAUCCAGCAACCGGAAUACGCUCAUUUGGGACAUCGCAGACGUAGGAAUGGGCUCCGGGUCUUCAGCUUCGAUCGGGGUGGGCCAAGGCUCUUCUAGCUCCUAUAAACACGGACACAGGAACGGAGGUGGAGCUAGUGGCGGCAGUGGAUCGCAGACAACUACGCAGCCGCUUGUGGCUACACUAAGAGCUCAUACUCGACCAGUCAGUGACGUGGCGUGGUCUCCCAUGGAGCCUUCUUUGCUAGCAACAUGCUCGGCAGAUGCCAAGACACUGUUGUGGGAUAUGAGGUCGCCCCAGAGACCGGUACAGACGCUGAAUGCCUUCAAUACAAGUGUGAUUCAGGUGGAGUGGAACCGAGCGGACGCCACGUCGCUAGCUACAGCUCAUGAUGGAGAAGUUCGGGUCUGGGAUCUACGUGCAGCUGGAGAGAGGACGGUGGCUCCGGCGGCGCUGAUCACAGCGCACAUGCAGAAGAUCUACGGCUUAGAUUGGCAUCCACAGCGUAUGUACGAGUUGGUGACGUGCUCAGAGGACAAAACAGUCAAGUUCUGGGAUGUAACGCAGCCUAGAAUGUGUCAGGGAAUGCUAACUACUGGCGCGCCGGUGUGGAGAGCGCAGUACACGCCGUUUGGAGAUGGUCUGGUGACGAUUUCUCAGCGUAUGGACAACACAAUUCGCCUCUGGGCUCUCUCACACGGUGAGGGGGAUAGUGGAGGAAACGGAGAUACCGGAGGUGUCGAUGUUUCGGGUUCAAGUGCUGGCGCUGCUGUUACUGCCGAGCUGGUGCACUCAUUUGUGGGUCAUAGCGAUCUAGUGAAGGGAAUGGCGUGGCGGGUUCGACCGCAGACCAGUGUCUACCAGUUAGUAUCGUGGUCUAAAGAUCAGGAGUUACGCAUGUGGCAUGUGGAUGUACCGCAACUUGAGGCUUGCGGCUACGACACAGCGUCGUAUCUAGCGGAUGCUGCUCCGUCUGAAGGUAACAACACUAGCGCCCGUCAGCAAUCAGACGCUCGACGUUUAUUGCGUGCCGAGUACGCUGAGAUGCAUGCUCAACACUCCAAGUACAGCCUUUCAGCCUUGAAGACGGACUUUAUCCCGCUCGUGGUGCCAAAGUCGGCUGUUCCACUAAGCACGGACGAAUACACACUAGCGGGCAACGAUAGCUCAUUGCAGGCUCUAUUGGCGCUCGAAGAAGAGCUCAUUAAAGGCGGAGAAUCGCCAUCCCAGUCCAGUAGUGAGGACGAAAGUCCAGUGUCAGCAACUGGAGACAAGGAUGAUGCGCGUUCAGAUGAAUCAAGUACGAAAGAUCGUGCUGCAAGUUCCAACGGCGCCAGAGCUCUGCCGUGUCCUCGAAUUUCCGGUGCAGCCUUCAGCGGUCCUAACAUGUUGUUGGUGUUCGAUUCUCGAGUAGCUAUCGGUCAAUCUCGCAGCUCAGCGGUUCCUACUGCGGUCGCUGCUGGCAAAGAGAGCAAGCCACAAGCACCUCCUAACAAAUUGCCUCGCACAUACGAGGAAUUGCUAGACUUACGAGACUCCCGCUUCGCGACCAAGAAGAACAAGAAGCCUCCUGUGAAACUUCUAUCGUCUGCUAAUAUCAUGGGAUCUAUGGAUGUUGGCACCAACGACUGGGCAGGACAGCAGCAGCAGUCACAAGAAUUGAUGGACGGUGGCGUUAUGGGUUUUGGAGAGGAUGUGGACAAUCACUCGCAUGGAUAUCGUCAUGCAUCCUUGUAUUAUUCUUCCGGCAGUGGUGGUGCGAAUGGGAAUGAUGAUAUGCUGAGUGGAGUGAAUGAAAUGGAAGCUCCUAUUCACGCUGGACCCGAGUACUUGAACACGUACUUCUCGAGUGCAGAGUAUCACUUGCCAGUCAACAAUCCAGAACAUCUUCUGUCUAUGCCGACAAGUGCGACGGCUGGUCUGCAGCUCUCUCCGCGAUCUUCUGUGCGUGCUAACCAGGCAGAGCGGUUAAAACGCGUGGAACAACCAGCACCAGCGCUGAAUCUGGAUCUCAGUAUCAGCGUCACGAUCCUCGAUCUGUCCAAGCUAUGCGGUGUGUCAUCAAUCUUAACGUAUCAGACUGACCUUGUUCCUCGUGGUAUUACCCCAUCUGCAGUAUCACCCAAGGCCAGCAUGGCUGUGAAGCGGAAGAAGAGUCAGGCGGGAGCUGUGAACCGCUCCAUGAUAUCCUGGAUGCUGCGAGCAGCAGAAGAUAUGCCCGGCAAGCGUGGGGCUUCGUCCAAGAGUAACCUGACCCGUGUGCUCCAGGGGUUACUAACCGAGAGCGAUGCAGCCAAGACUCAAGACGACGACGAGACUCCAAUUGAGGAAUCCAGCACUGAACUAGCCGCAACUUGUGCACAAAAUGCACGAACAGCAAUGCUUGCAGGACGCAGUGACUUGCAGCAGAUUUGGUCGCUACUCGAGAUUUCUAUGGCUCCAGAAGUUGAGUUACCUAUUUACAAGAAGAACGGCCAUUCAUCAACGUCGCUAUGUCUGCGAACGUCGCAUCCCUGGAGCGCACAUCCGCUCGGCAAGCGUCUCGUGCACAAAGUACUUGACAUGUACGAACAGGCUGGAGAUGUUCAAGCACUGGCGUCGAUUGUGUGUGCUUUAAAGCCUACCGAACGCAAGGAACCGGACGAGAUUCGCGACUCCGUGACACCCUCGGCCAUCACAAUGGAAGAUCAGCUCCCAGUCGUGCGUGAGGACAGACGAUCAAGCAUCGAGGAAGUUGAUUAUAUAACGACAGGUGCUCCUACAAGUGUCAAUGGUGGCAUGCGCUCCAGACGCUCGUCAUCAAACACUCUCUCGCAAUUGGUGAUCGACUCUAGUGACGCACCUCCUGUGAUGCGGGGGACUCGACGAUCCAGUAGCCAUAGUGAAGCACGUUCGCAGGGUCUGCCAAUGGAUAAAGAUGCCGCCGUACGCGCGUUGAAAGACUGGCCAUUGACUAGCAACGGGACCACCAGCGCCUCAUCCAGUCGACAAUCAAGCCCCAUUCGAGACCACACGCUGACGAUUGCGAGUAAUUCUUCAACUAGCAGAAGUGAUGGAAAAAUACCGCCAUCGGGCUGGAAAAUGGACUUUGAGCGGCUGGAGAACCCGUUCAAAACAUGGAGUGGACAUUCUGGAAAGGAGCCUCCUCAUCCUCGACUCACUGCGGAUACUUUCCUGCCUCCGAUCCAAGCUGUGAAUGGCAAGUCUCCAGCUCCUUCCAUGACUGUGACUGCGUCCCCGAGGGUCAACCCAGUAAGUCCCUCUCCACUGUAUGGUUCUCUUGGCGCCGUCAGUAGAGAAGAGGAAGUGGACGCAAAUGAUCGAGUGCUGUUGCAGUUGAGUUUUCGGUCUGUAGAUGAUGAGAAAUGUUUGCUCUCGACACUUCUUGAAGACGAAGCUCGCUACGAUAUUUACAAAGAGGCGUAUGCAGACGUACUAUACCGCUAUGGAGCAAUGAACUUGCGCAAUGAGGUGCUGAAGGCGAAGUCUCAUGGCGCUCAAGAUCCGCGUGGCAUCUCGAUGGGACUGAUCUGUGGCUCAUGCAACGCAAAAACAAUUGAUCCAGUGUGCUCCAGCUGUCGGGACUUCGCAGUGCGCUGCUCAGUGUGUCAGCUCGUUGUCCGUGGUCAGUCAAUGUUCUGUAUGACCUGUGGUCAUGGUGGCCAUGCCUCGCAUCUCCGCGAGUGGUUUGAAGUUGAGACAGCAUGCCCUACUGGCUGCGGUUGCUGGUGCAAGCAGGCCACUGCGACGAUGCCAGCGUACCAGCUAGAGCAGCAGGAGGCCGACCAGUCGGCCGCGCCGUCCAGGUCACAUUCGUUCUAA